AUGGAACGGUGUUCAUUUAUUUUGAAAAAGAAAAACCGAAGAUGUCGAAUGCUAGUCAAAUGUGGCCAUAAAUAUUGUGGAGAACAUGCUAUUUACGAUGAGCUAAACGAGGAUCGUGUAGUUUGUCCAAAUGAUCCAAAACAUACAGUGAACAAAUCACAACUGCACAAACAUCUAUCUUCUCGGUGUAACAGUCGUUUACGUGAAGAACCGUGGAUUGUUGAAAAUUUUAAUCUAACAAAAUCUUCAAAAGAAAUGGAGCCAUGGUAUUGUCCUACAAAUGACGAAUUGUUGAGAAUGCGGGAAAUGGUCGAAAGAAUAUACAACCAGAUAGCUAAUGAUAUUACAGAUUCCUUUCUGAAAAAUGAUUAUGUUGAAAGCUGUGCUGCAGAUCUUCCAAAAGUAAAUAAAAAACAUGUCUGGCAGAUAUCAUCGAUAAUAGGUGGUUUCAGUAAUUUAGAUUCAUAUAAAAAACAUCUAAGAGUAGUCGAUUUGCUGAAUAACGAUAAGAACUGGUGUUUGAUAGAUUUUGGAACUGGUAAAGCAGAGCUUUCAUACUGGAUGGCCAAAAUUGUCCCAAAAUGUCGGUUUCUACUGAUUGAGAAGACGGGCUUAAAGAAUAAAUUUGAUAAUAAAAUUCAUAAGUUUUCCCCAUUUUAUGAUAAAAAUUUAUUUCUAAUUGAGGAAUUGGAUGUAAUAUUUUUUGAACGACUACGUUGCUCGGUGGAGCAUCUUGAUUUGUCGAAAACUAAUUUGAUCCGGAAUGUGGAUAAUAUAGCUGCGGUAUGCAAACAUUUCUGUGGUGCUGCCACAGAUUUUGGCAUUCGAUGCUUAAUGAAUGGAGUAAAAAAUGGUUUGAAUAUAUGUGGUUUUGUUUUAGCACCAUGUUGCCAUCAUCGAACGAUAUACAAAGAGUAUGUUGGUCGCACCUUCUUGGAAUCUCAUGGUAUUUGUAACGCUAAUGAAUUUGCAGCUUUAAGGCACAUUUCAACAUGGGCCGUUUGCGGUUUUCCCAUUCAGAAUUUUGGUAGUGAUAUCUCUGUUCUAUCUCAUUCGUUGGAGUCAGGAAAUUUCGAUCAACAAAAAACAAUGUUGGAAAGAGUCCUUUUGAAUUCAGCAGAAAAAGAACUUCUUGGACAGAAAGCUAAAGCGAUUUUGGAAUUUGGUCGAGUCGUAGAACUCCGAAAGUUUGGAUAUGAUGUUUCCUUUUGUCACAAGGAUUUCGAGCUAUUGAGAAAUCUGGAUCUUUUGAGAGGUUCCGGUCUGAACUCGGCUUCUGGUCCUGAAACACCUGAGGAACAAAAGAAGCGAUUCGAAAUUGAAUGUGAAUUUGUACAGGCUUUAGCUAAUCCUCAUUACUUGAAUUUUCUAGCGCAGCGAGGUUAUUUUAAGGAAUCCUACUUUAUCAAUUAUUUGAAAUAUCUUUUGUACUGGAAAAGACCAGAAUACGCGAGAGCUUUGAAAUAUCCACAGUGUUUACAUUUCCUUGAAGCGGUGCAGAGUUCAGCUUUUCGUGAGGCAAUAACUUGUACAGCAAAUGCAAAGUUUAUCGAAGAACAGCAAUUACUGCAAUGGCAAUAUUAUACUCGUAAACGGCAUCGCUUGCACAUUUCGACCGUAGAAAGAGAACUUAAAUUUGUGGAAGCUUUGGAAGGAACUUGCGAGCAAAUGCUGCAAUAUAAAGUCCAUAAGGAGAAAUCGGACAUUUCACGAUUUGCCAAAGAGGAAAGUAGCACAAUGAAAGCUUUGAAUGAGCUAAGAAAUAAAGGAGUCAAGGUGGAAUUAGGUAUGCCGUAUGAAAUGUGGGAUACUCCAUCCGUUGAAGUCGUGACAUUAAAACAGAACUGUGAAACACUCUUAGAGCGUUAUGAAAACGAUCUCGAGCAAUGGUACAAUAUGCAGGAUCGACCGCCACUUGAGGAAUAUCUUUGUAAAAAACGAGUAUUGAAACGCAUGGAACGUAAUUGCAUGAAAACUUCCAAUAAUCUGGAAUUAUAA